AUGUAAGAAGAUGUUUUUGAUGAAAUAAAAAAGGAACUGCAAUACUGUAAAUACCUGAACUAUGCUCAUAUUGCGAUGUCAUUUCUUGGAUUCUUUGGUUAUAUGGCUAGAAAGGUAAUUUUCAUUUAAAUAUAGAUGCAUUUAAGAUUUUCUUCACCUUAUUCAUUAAUGUCCUCUCUAUUCUGCUAUCUAUUUUAGGAUAUUAUGCAAUUGAAGAAAUCAAUCAAACGAGAAUCGUUGUAUAUGCAGUUUGUACUAGUUCACUUUUUGGAAUGGUGUUAUUAUAUGAGAUAAUUGCUGAUUUAUUUUCAGAAUCUUACGUAGCAAAUAUGAUUAUUGAAGGAAACUGAAGCCCCUCCAUAAGCCUUUGUGUUUUUAGUUAUAACUUUACCUUUUCUAAUUGAUCUCACAAGUGGGUUGAUGAGCUUAAAAUUAAGCUAUACCUUCUCAAAAUAUGAUAAUUUGGAGUUUAAAAGAAAAUACAAUGUAUUAAUGAAUUAAUCUAGUAAAUCCUUGUCGUUCAAAAAGGACCAGAAAUGAAUUACAAAGAAUCUUACUUAGCAGAUGAGAUGUGUGUGAUAUGCUUAAGUGAAAAGAGGAAUAUUGUUUUCUAUAAAUGUGGACACAAAGUUUGUUGUAGAAAAUGUUCAUAAGCCUUUAAAUACAAGAGUUGCCCAAUGUGCAGAGCUGAAAUCUAGGAUUUAAUUUAAGAAUAUGAUGGUUGA